AUGCCUUCUUCUCUAGCGAGCAGCUGGAUACUCGCUAGCUGCCUGGGGGCUAUGAUGGUGCACGCAUCAGGCGUGCUCGAGACAGACCUCCUCUUCCCCCGCAACAAGACCUAUACGCCUACUGAGUGGUUCCCCGUGGUCUUUGGGGUCCAGAACCCCGAGCUGGCGCCGCUUGUCGACCUGGACAUCUCGUUCACGAUCCGGAAUGUGAACAAUAUGAGCGACAUCGUGCACUGGCCGACAGAGAUCGAUUGGACGAACAACACUAGUAAAGAUCCGUAUUUCUUCUAUGCCUACUUCUCUGAAUUCCGCACCCCCGGCCACUGGCGGGUCGCCUGGAACGUCCACUGGAAGAGCUGCAACGAGUUUGCCCUCUUCAACACCAGUAUGCUCCCGCGUGCGGAGAUGAUUACCAACUCUACCGGCUGGUCAACCUGGUUCACGAUCGAGGAAGACGGGGCUCCAGCAGAUAUCGUCACGGACACGGCGCGAGACUCCUGCCCCGACGAAUUCGCCGUCCCUAUCACCGUUACUAACUACACCAUCCGGGUCCCUGCGGACGAAGAAUGGUCUAACGGCCGCGACUGUGCGGUGGUGGAUCUCUCGCCUACACCGAAGCUCUCGCCUGAUCCCUGUCGUAUCGAUGUCAGCGAGGCCGUGGUCGAGAGCAUAGAGGCCUCGUGGCAAGCGAGAUUGUGCAAGAGGGCGAAUCCUCCCGAUGACUGCCCUGUGAAUGAGAAUGCAGCACAGGGCCUGGUAGUUGUUGGACUGUCGUGUCUCCUGGCGGUCUUUGGGGCCGUUGGCUUCCUGCUCGCGCCGUUUUGA